AUGGGGGAACAGAGGGCGCCGGGCUUCCAAGGCUGCAGGCAGACCCUGAAUAUGUCCGUGCUGGGGGCGCUGCCAGGAGGUGGCUGGGACAACCUGCGCAACGUCGAGCUGGGGCUGGUGCUCAGGAGAGACUAUUCGCAGUGCCUCACCACCGAGGACGGCGAGUACCUCAUCCCAGACCGCGUGCAGGUGGUCCCGCGGCGGGAGAGUAUAGUGGAGACCCGCACGGAGCUCAUCGACCACUGGGUCAACUACACUGACACCUGGGCCGCCUCCAUCAACGCUGAGCUCUCCUUCCUCCCCGACCUCAAUGGUAAGUUCUCUGUGGACUGCCAGAACGUCAGGAAGUACAGCCUGGAGUACCAGACGGUCACGACCAGGGUGCAGAUCCACCACGGCAUCUACUCUGUGAAGGCCCCGGAGAACCCCGACUUCCAGCCCGACUUUCUGCGACAUCUGCUGACCCUCAGCGAUCACCUGGAGAACAACCAGACCCGGGAGGCCGAAUACCUGGCAGAGAUGCUUGUGCUUAGGUACGGCACGCACGUUCUCACCGACGUGGAGGCCAGGGCUGCCUUGGUGCAGCAGUACCAGGUGCAGAGCCGGCUUCUCCAGAACCUCGGGCGGAACCCGGUGGCCUCCAAGAUGCACAGCCACGGUGGCGUGCCCUUCUACCCGGGCAUCACCCUACAGAAGUGGCAGGAGGGCAUCGGCAACCGGCUGGCUGCCAUCAGUAGGUCGGGCCCGCCCCUGCCGGUGCUGCUCCAGCUGGAGGCGCUGCCCGAGCUCCCAGAGGCCCGGCUUGGGGCUCACGUCUUCGACCCCCAGGCCAAUGUGGAUGAUGGUUCUUGCGGAGGCCGCUGCCGCGCCAACUUCAGCUUCGGCGGUGUCUUCCAGGAAUGCGAGGCCGUGUCCGGGCGGCAUGCCGAUCACCUCUGCCGGGCCUAUCACAUCCCGAACCCGCUCACCGGCAAAGCCUCUUGCCCGGCCAACUACACGGCCAGCACCCUGAGCAAGGGGCUGAAGACGUGGAGCGAGGCCAGUCCUGAGUGCCGGCAGCACUGCCGAAGGUGCUGGCUCUUCUUCCGAUGCUGCUGGACAGCGUGUGCCACCCAUGAGCAUCGGAAUGCCGUGCGCCUUGCUGCCUCCUGGUGCGCGCCCUCUGGGGCCUCCCUGCCCUACACUGAGGGCCUCCUCUUUGGAGGCCUGUAUAGCCCUGGCAACCCAAACCCAGUCACUGGGUCCCAGGCUUGCCCCUCCCACUUCUACCCACUGACACUCUUUGGCGACCUCAAGGUCUGUGUCAGUGGCGACUCAGAGCUGGGUACAGCCCAGGCAGUCCCCUUUGGGGGUUUCUUCAGCUGCCAGGCGGGCAACCCCUUGGCUGGCCUUGUGAAGGGCCAGAGCCCUGGGCUCAUGAAGGAGGUGUUCUACCAGGACAGCCCCACGGAUUUCCCCAUGAAAUGCCCAGCAGGGUACAGCCAACACCAGGCUUACCUCAGCCAUGGCUGCCAAAGCCUCUACUGCCUCAGGGCUGGGGUCCUCUUGGACCAGCAGCAGACAGCUGUUCAGAUGCCCCCAUUUAUUCCCCGCCCCCCCUUGCUUAACAGAAGCAGCACCCACAGGCUCUCUGUCCUGGUUGACUCCAGUGGUCAGCGGGUCUGGGUGAGGCUGCAAGGCUCUGACUACUGGCAGCAGGCCAAUAUUGAUGACCCAUCCCUGUCAGCCAAGCCCUUGAGCCAGGCUGGCUUGGGACCCAGCGUUGGGGCCAUUGUUGGCUCCCGGGUGGGUGCCAUGGUGGCCUUGGUGGCUCUUGCUCUGGGGGUAAGCUGUGGCUAA